UGUGAGCUCAGCUGCAGGCGGUGGUGGCAGCAUGUCGGGGCCGAACGGAGAACCGCAUCUCCCUCUGGGGAGGGGCGAGGAAGACCCAGACGGCGGCGGCUUCGGGGAAGCAGAAUAUGCAGCAAUCAAUUCCAUGUUGGACCAGAUCAACUCCUGCUUGGAUCACCUAGAGGAGAAGAAUGACCAUUUGCAUGCUCAGCUGAAAGAACUACUGGAGUCUAACCGGCAGACUCGCCUGGAGUUCCAGCAGCAACUGAAUGAAGAGGAAAACACAGAUGCUGCCAUGCAGGGAUCGGAGCCGGACGCUUAGUAUCUUGUCUUUCUACAGUUGGAUAGAAGCUGCUUUCAGUUGGAUCAUCCUUAUCCAUAGGUUUAAUGUUAAACUUUAAAUAGAAGAGGUGCUUUUGGUUUGUGUGAGCGUGUUUCAUAUCUCUUCCCUCUUCUCCUUUGGAUGCACGGUUUUGAGCAUGUAGCUGCUAUAUAAGAAAAAGGAAAUUAUGACGUUUCUCAUAAGGUAGAUAGGAGAAACAGGAUGGUGUGUGUAGACCAGAUAAAUCUGUCUAAAUGUUGCAAUUUAGCUUAUGGAAUCAGGAUUAAGUUGUUGUUUUAUUUUUAAAGUAGCGGCUCUUCCGGAUGAGCGUUGCCGAUUGUAUUUGGGGAAAAGUUUCUUCUUUCCAGUCUUGUUGAUCUCCCUGUCUCAAGCUGUGGCAACUGGAUGAAAUGCAUGAAAGAGAGAAGGGGCCUUGAUUUCAGGUGCAGUUGAUGAUUCAUUUCAACUCUGCCUGAUACAUCAUUGAAAUUUAUAAACAAAAUCUGUAAUUAAUGAGUUUGGGGUGGGGGGGAGUUACCUGCUUGUGUGAACUUACCAAUCAACGCAGCGCUUCUUUCCUCGUGUUUGUUUGGAGAUUAGCCCUUAUCAAUUGUGGGACCAGUUUCACCAUUUAAUUUCUCAUGGCAAGUCUGCAGAAAAUUCACAACACCCUUCCCAAGCUACAAUUCUCAGCAUUUUUCGCAGAAAAGGCAUUGCAAUUAGGUUUAAAAUGAGCAGAAAGGCAGUCACGUCUCAUAUGUUCUAUCCAACCCUUCCCUCUCAAUGGGAGGCCUUUCCAGAAUAAAAAUGCAGGCGUUUCAACCAAUGAAACAUUGAAGCAAAUAUAUUAACCUUAACCCUAGCCGUUCGAAACAAGAGGUAUCACAACUCCAGGUUAAGGGUAAAAACAUUUGCUUAAUUUGCUUAAAGGCAAGGCCUAAAAUGGAUACCCAAUAUGCUUUUCCCUGUAGAGAUGUUUGCCAAAUGAGAAUGGUGCAAAAGAGGGUUACCCGCAACUGUGUUGUAGCUUGUUUCCCUUGUAAAAAGAUGCCAUUGGUGACUGCAUUAUUUUCCUUCCUCAAAGCACAAAAACAGGUGGCCUUACAUGUAAUUGUAAAAUCAGUAGCAAUGGCAGGUAAGAGCUACAUCUCUGUCUAAAUACUGUUCACAGGGUAUCAACAGAAACAUCACAUGCUCACUCCAUUCUUUCGGGGAAAUGCAUUGGUAAAUUACAAGGGCAACUGUAAUGAAUUCUAUGGGGCGGAUGCUGGGGUAUGCUUCUGUGGAUGAAAAUGAGGAAAAGCUGCUUUUUCGGCCUGAAGAUAGAUUGGGAUGUCUUGGAAUAAUAGCAUCUUGAAUAAUAAGAUAUCAGAUGGGCAGCUCUAGCUUUGUAUGAAGAAAUCUGGUUCAGAAAACGAUCGUCAGCAGAAUUGUUUCUUAAAACUUUUUAUCAUUUGGAAUACAGGAAGUCAGAGGUGGCUUUUGGAGAAGGGGUUUUAAAAGGGAGGGGUGAAUGGGGAAGGUGUGACAGCAUAGGGACUGGUUUGAAUUUCCUAUCAACUUGAUUGGUUUUGUAUGGUAUUACUUGGAACUGCUGUUUCUGAAUAAAAUCACUCAUUGCGAUUUUAAAAGA